AUGCGACCACUCGAUGUCUACAUGGCUACCCCGCGCCACAAGUCAAUGAUCAAGGCAAUCCCAACAUUGAAACGUGAUGACAAGUUGGACACAUGGAUAUCAAAGAUCGAGAACCCAUUGAUACCCGAAUCACUUUGGUUGGAUGUCGCACUAUAUAAACUUUCUGAUGAGGUCUUGGAGUCAAUGAUCAAGGCAGAGUUCAAGGUCAACAGUUGGGAAGUGUUGAAGGACUCGUUGAAGCGGGUGACACGACCACCAUCAGUAUUGACUCAAGAUCACUCAAAGAGAGUAGCAUGUUCAUGCUUAAAGACUGGCGUCUCAGUGGACUCUUUCAAUCGAUACUUCAAUUCACAGUUGGACAAGUCAUGUCUGACGAGAUGUACAUCGACAGACUUCUAUCGACUUGCGAUGCCACCUGGUGUUCGAUCAGAUCCAUUGUUCUCCAACCCUACCAACACAUUCAGUCAACUACAAUCUCGCGCACAAGUUCUUUACAAAGAUCACAACAAACUAUUUGACAACUUUUAUGGAUAUGAUCGUGAUGGCAAUCCCAUCACAGUGCCAUGUCGCGAACAAGAACAUGUUACAAACAACAAGAGGAAGGUCAACACAGAUGAUCAUUGUUCAAAGAAGGUCAAGGUAGCAAGUCCCGUUCGACAACGACAACAUCAACAACGACUGCAAACAUUGGAUACAAAGGAUUUGGAUGGUGGAUCUUCAAAUCCUUUCUCAUAUCCAGAGCAUAGAGGAUUCGGUAUAACGAUAGCACCUUGUGGAGAUAUGUUCUGGUUGGUACAUAAGAGGUUUGGUCCAGUUGGUGAUCCUCAUCAUACCGUCGUGGUCAUCAAUGGUCAACCAGUAUCACCGUUAUCAAUCACCAAGACAAGUCUUGGACAAGAGAUGCUUGUUAUCGUCCCACCCGAUACUCCACGAGGAGUAGAUGUAGACAUAUAUUUGUUCAGAUUGUUGAAUGACGAUAGUCAUACACAACAACAAGUGUCAUCAUCACUGGACUCUUGGUGCCUGGCAUUGACUUGUAAACAGUUAUUGAAUGCAACCAAUGUUGUCUUUAAACAGACUGUGAAACAACAGAAUGAACAACGCCAAUACGAAUACUCAAAUCCAAAGACAAUGUCAAUCAGAGAGAGCUAUCAAUCUGAAUCUGACAUGCCCACUAUCCCAUUUUCAGUAACUUCAAUUGAUGUUUACUCUGGCACCGGUGAAGGUACCAGACAUCAAGCUAGCCUACUGCACAGCCUGCCGCCAUCAGUGACAUCAUUGGUACUGUACUCUCACAACAAACCAAUUGAUCGUCAACUACCCUCGUCAUUGCUAUCAAUGACGAUUGGUGGUGACCAUCCAUACGAUCAUCCCAUCAAAGGUAUACUCCCUGGGGCACUCACAUCAUUGACUCUGGGUAUCAAGUUCUAUCAAUCGAUCAAAGGAGCACUGCCAUCUUCUUUGACAUCACUGACCUUGGGCCCAAUCACUGAGAGUCUUGCUGGAUCACUUCCAGAAUCACUCACUUAUCUAUCUCUGAACAGUCAUCUCGAUGAUGAACCCGAGUUCAUUAGGGAAGCGUUUUCACCUGGUCCCGGAGCACUGCCACAAAGUCUGCGAUCACUGAGCAUUGGUAAUUGGUUUAACUAUAACAUUGAUACACUGCCACAAGGCCUGACCUCGCUUACCUUUGGUGAUUGCUUCAAUAGUCCACUCCCAAGCCCGCUCCCACCAUCAUUGGUCACGCUUGAGCUUGGUUGCGACUUUAACCAUCCCAUCGACCAAGUGCUACCUCAUUCAAUCACCUCACUUCGUUUUGGCACCUAUUUCAAUCAGGUGCUGAUCAGGCCACUCCCAGACUCUUUGACAUCACUACACCUUGGCCAUUAUUUCAGCCAAACGAUCGAGCCACUACCUUCAUCCUUGACAUCAUUGCGUUUGGGUGAGAGGACACUUGCAUUGGUCUUGCCUCUGCCACCAUCACUCACCACACUGCGAGUUGGCGAGGAUAACUGGCGCAUCCCACCAUCACAAAGUAAAAGUUGUCUAAAGACAAUAACAUUCUCAUCAAACGCAUGGUUGGAUUGUGUUGUUAAAGGAGAUGAAGAUGUACAUGCACAUUAUCCCGAGAACAUAGUUAUCGAGUAUCUUACACAGAAAAUCAUGAUGAGGUGGAAGCAGUUGUCAAACUAG